CAGAACGGUCCGGGAAGCAGCAGCUGCCGCUCACUAAGGCAGACCCACUCUACAGAUACGGAUUUACAAGCUGAGCUCUGGGACAGCAGCUUCUACCUUCAUCUUUGGUUUGUCUGGAGCGUAAGCCUCCACGGUUUAGCUUCACAAGAUGGACUUGAGAGUAACGAGCCUUCUUCUCGUCCUCCUGGCUUUGGCUGAGGGAACCCCCGAGAGGUACUACGCCCCAAAAGUGACGAAGGUCCCCUACCCCGUCAAGAGCCAUGCUGUUGCAGGACAUCCAGGCCCUCCAGGUCCUCCAGGUGAGAUGGGACCAAUGGGACCACCUGGAGCUCCUGGAGAAAGGGGUGUUGGACACACAGGACCACGAGGACCACCAGGACCUCCUGGAGCCCCUGGUCACUCUCAGGCGGGUAAACCAGGUACCCCAGGGGCACCCGGAAAACCAGGUACUCCAGGGAUUCCUGGUGAUAAAGGUAUCCCUGGUACACCUGGACCAAUGGGACAAAGAGGUUCACCUGGAUCCCCUGGAAUUCCUGGACCUGCUGGAAUUUCAGCUGUUGGAAAACCUGGACCAUCUGGYCUCCCAGGUGCAAUGGGUCCAAGGGGUGAGCAGGGUAUAAAGGGACAUCCUGGAAUUCCUGGCCUUCCUGGUCCAAAAGGUGAACAAGGCAUUGGUGUUCCCGGGGUACAAGGACCUGCAGGUCCAACUGGACCAAUGGGCCCAACUGGUAUGCCAGGCAAACCUGGAGUUGGCARCCCUGGUGCCACUGGCUACCCUGGAGAGCCUGGUAAAUCUGGUUUGCCAGGAAGAGAUGGAGCUCCUGGCCCAGUGGGUGCACCAGGUCUUAAGGGUCACACCGGGCCUCCAGGUGUAGGAGCCCCAGGAAAAUCAGGUCAGAAUGGUACACCAGGUAUGCCUGGACCUAUCGGGCCUAAGGGUCCACAGGGUCCUGCUGGUCAYCCAGGKUCCCCUGGCAUGCCAGGUGUUGGCAAAACAGGUGAACCAGGAAUCCCUGGAAGCAGGGGUGCUCCUGGAACUCCAGGAACCACCGGUCAGAAAGGAGAGCCAGGCCCAACUGGAUUUACUGGUCAUCCAGGUGGUCCUGGUGCAAUUGGCCCAGCUGGUCCACAGGGUGCAAGAGGAUUUCAGGGUGAGCCAGGCCCAGUUGGACCCAAAGGCGACAUUGGUAUGGUGGGUGCACCAGGCCCAAGGGGAUCCAAAGGUGAGCAGGGAGCUCAAGGCUUCGGUGGAAAACCAGGUACCCCCGGGGCAGUAGGUCCUCCAGGAAUUCCAGGUCAUAAUGGUGUUCAGGGUCCAAAGGGUUCACAAGGUCAUGCUGGUUCCCCAGGAAUCCCUGGUUCAAAUGGUGCACCUGGACCUAAAGGACAUACAGGCGGACCUGGAGCUCCAGGAAAAAGUGGUGAACCUGGAAGGCCAGGGUCAAUGGGACCAGUUGGGCCCCCUGGACCAUCAGGUCCACCUGGACUGAAGGGCCAUCCAGGACUUCCAGGUCCACCUGGUCCAGUUGGUCAAGUUGCUAAGGGAGUUUCUGGUCCUCAGGGUCCCCCUGGACUUCCAGGUGAGAGAGGUCAUGAUGGUAUCCCUGGCCCAGCUGGUCCUCCUGGUCCCCCUGGUCCACCAGGAGAAAUGGUCUACCACCAUGACAAGAGCAUGCCAAUCAAGUCCCAUGAAGUCUUGAUGCCUCAUGAGAUGAUGAAGGCUCCAAUGUCUGCCUUCAGUGCUGUGCUGACCGUGGCCUACCCCCCAGCUGGAGCCCCAAUCCAGUUUGAUCAGGUUAUCUACAACGGAGAGCAUCACUAUGAUGCACACAGRGGUGUGUUCACCUGCCAGAUCCCAGGCCUGUACUUCUUCAGCUUCCACAUGCAUGURAAUGGUGCCAACGCCUUGGUGGCCCUCUACAAAAACGAGGAGCCUGUUGUUUUCACCUAUGAUGAGUACAACAAGGGCUUCCUGGACCAGAUGUCAGGCAGUGCUGUUCUCAUGUUGCACCCUGGGGACAGAGUCUACGUUCAGGUUCCUGAUGAGGAGAGCAAUGGUAUAUUUGCUGCAGAAAAUGUUCAUUGUAUUUUCUCUGGGUUCUUAAUCGCCUCUACGUGAUUUCAAAAAUCCUUCAAAAACCUCAAAACCUUACAAAACAUUCAACUUCACAGAGGAAUAGAUCAGUUUACAGAGUUUAAAUUAAGAUUGUGAAUUGGUUCUGGGGUUGAUAAGUUUAACUGCCUCAGUCAAGUUUUCUAAGAUAUUUAAUUUGGUUGGUGAACGACUCACUGAGAUCAGUCUAAAAAGAUACAGCCGAAAAUAAUCCCUGACCCAUUUUCACCUUGUGCCUAAAGAAAGAAAAACACGGAAUGAUUCUGAAAAACAUAUUCUAAGUGGUGCUCUACAUUCGCCUGGAAGCUUUACGGUGCUUUUUUUGUGUAUGUCUUUAUUAAUGUUGUUGUUUAAGGAUUUCUCUGUAUUUACAAACUAAAAAAAUGCAAAGCAUUUGUAAUAUAUGUCAUUAGAGUUCAACACACUUUCGUAAGCACUUUGACCACCAAAGAACAAAGGAGGAGAAAUUCAAACUGCUUUUUAUAAAAAUGUGUCCCAUUGGAUGUGUUAAGUUAUGUACCACUUACUGAUCAGAACACGGAAUAAAAGUUUGACUUUGGAAAAUA